AUGAAGGUUAUGCGACGACGACUUGUAACGGCUCUUGUGAGCGCCACCCUGGUGACCUUCUUGGUCGCUGCCGAAGAUCCUCCGGAAUGGUGGAACAACGGGGUCACCCAAUCCCAGCUAGGGGCGAUUUUCAGCGCGAUCGACAACGUUGACAUCGUGGUGGGUGAACGUGGCUUGGAUCAGCUUGAGUACCUCGUCCAGCGGGAUUUGCUGGGUCGGAAAAGUUUCCGCAUUUACGCGGAUGAGUUUCCUUCGACAACGGAGGGUUGCACCAGCGAUAAACCGCUGCUCUCGGCAAAGGUUCAUCCUGGUUCGAGUGAUGAGAUGGACACUUCCGAAACCAUGGACCGGGACUACGAGGAAGAGUUUGAGUUCAUUCAGUGGGAUCGCUCGUACGAACGGUUCGUGAAGAUUUGGGACCAGAAUCAGCACGAUGGCUAUAUUGUGUUUGCGAAUUUGACCGUGUUUGAGGAUUUGAUGAUUUGUUUGAUGGAUCCUGCGGGAACGUACUUGGUUGUGUUGGAUUCCAAAGAAGAAUUCAAUCGACAUGAAGUGUACGCUGUGCUCAAGUCUGUCUGGCUUCACGGAGGCGUGAAUCGGCUGUUUGUGCUAUGGGCCACGCAAAUCUGGACGCUGGAUCCGUUUGCUCCAAACGGAACAUCAUUCGGUGUUCUGAAACUGCUAACCGGUAACGACGAUCUGCCAACUAUGCCACGCACGGACUUCAACGGUUAUCCGUUGAGAAUCGACAUGUUCAAGUCGGUUUACACGUCCAGCGACGUAAUCCUGCACCAACAGAACCAGACCUUUGUGGGGGCCGAUUUGGUGGUAAGCGAGGUAUUUGUGGAAUCGCUUAACUUUUCGGCUGUUCACAUUCCUCCGGAUAAGUACCAGUUUGGUGAUCGUCUACCCAACGGAUCGUUCAACGGAGUCAUAGGUCGGCUAUCGAGGCGCGAAAGUGACGUCGCAUUCGUUGGGUUCUUCAUCAAGGACUACUUCAGCCGGGACGUUGAGUUUACGACCGGCGUCUACACUGACGAACUGUGCUGUCUGGUUAAGAAGGCAAGUCGUGUCCCGGAGUACCUGCUGCCCAUCACCAUCUUCCCUGCCGAUCUCUGGGGGCUGAUCUUUCUCAUGGGACUUAUAUGUGCCGUCAUCUGGAUAGUCAUUCGAGCGGGAAUACGGGCUCAGUCCAACUCGCGCGUGUACUGGUUACAGGAGCGCCGACUCGCAGUGCUGUUCAAUCUCUCCAACGAAACUCGAGACGCUCCCCUGUACCGCAAAAUGAUUCAGAUCUGCGUCGAUACCUACAUCAUUCUGCUCAGCGCACCCUACCGGAGAUUCACACGUUCCGGAAUCGAACGCUUGAUGCUGUUCGGUACCAUGAUGGUCAGUCUGAUCUUCGUAUCGAUGUUCCAGUCCGGCCUUUCAUCCGUCUUUGUCAACCCGGUCUACUACAGGGACAUUAGCAACCUCGACGAGCUGGACCAAGCGCACUUUGCAAUCCCGGUCAAGUACAAAGGAUUCCUCGACGACGUAUUCCCAGACAACUACAGCAACCUCAUGCAAUCCCUCCGCAACAAAAUGAAAUACAUCGCCACCAACGACUCCGCCCUGGCGAUUGUCUCACGCCUCGGCAACAUCGCCACCGUAACUCGCAAAACCACCCUGUCCCUGGACAACGAAAUCUACCUCUCAACCAAGCAACUCUUCAUGAUCCCCGAGUGCCCUCGCCUGUACAACCUGGCGUACGUGUCCCGCCAUUCGGUGCUGCUCGAGCGAAUCAACGAGAUGCUGCUGCUCAUGCUGAACGGCGGACUCAUCAAUCACUGGGUCAACCAGAUGAACUACAACGUGACGCUGCGCAACUUGGAACAGGUCAGGAACGUGCACGAGUCGAGCUACAAAAUUCUCACCAUCCUGGACAUGCAGUUCCCGUUCUAUCUGCUCGUGAUUGGGCUCGGGCUGAGCAUGGUAGCGUUUGUGCUGGAGCUGAUUUACUACAGAUUGCCGCGCGACAACACGUGUAGAAUGAUACUAUUUGCUCUAUUCAUCCCUUUAAUGGCACCGCCCUUUGUGCUAUCCCAGCAGGAUUCCCCAACAACAUGGUUCAACAAUGGCACGAUAGUGACCCUGAUCAAGGACAUUUUCGUAGGGGUCAACAAUGUAGAUAUCAUCUCUGAAGAUCAUGGGUUGGGGCAAACCGAACGGAUGAUUCAAGUUUUGAACGCGAAGACCUUCCGGAUUUUCGGCGGGGCCAGUCCUGGGGAGCACAUCCGGAUUAGCGGAUGUCCGCUUCCGGCGGUUAGAGGACCAUUCAACGAGUCGGUUAGCCAGCUGUACGAUAAAGAAGGUGACGAGGAGAAUCUGGAUGGUUUCAUACAGUGGGAUCAGUCGUACGAGACGUUUGGAAAGUUGCUGGACCAGAAUCAAAAUGGCGGCUACGUCGUGUUUGCUAAUUUGAGCGGAUUUCGGCAGUUGAUGAAAUGUUUGCUGGAUCCGGUUGGGACGUACCUGGUGUUGUUAAAGCCGAGUGAUGAGUAUGACGUGGAUCGGUUGGGGAGACUUUUGAGAUCAGUUUGGCGUCACCGAGGCGUUUAUCGGCUGUAUGUCCUUGCUGGUGAGCGGAUCUACACGUGGGAUCCAUUUGGGAGGAAUGGAACAUUGGAGUUUGGCGUACUAAAAGAACUUACGUUGGACGGAGAGCUUGUUAAAGUACCGGAGAUAGAUUUUCAGGGAUACCCGUUGAACAUUGAUAUGUUCUGGUCAACGUACAGCGAACCCGUUGAUCGUGACAACCUCUCCCGUGGCGAGUUUAUCGGGGUGGACGUUCUCGUUAGUGAGGUUCUCGCGGAUACUCUCAAUUUGACACUCAACCAUUCCUACCCGGACCUGCUGGACUUUGGAUCGCUGUUACCGAACGGGACCUUCAGCGGCUCGCUGGGAAGACUGUCUCGCCGUGAGAGUGACAUCGCCUUUGUCGGAUUCUUCAUCAAGGACUACUUCAGCCGAGCGGUAGAGUUUACUGCCGGGGUGUACAACGACGAGCUGUGUUGUCUGGUUAGAAAAGCGCGACGUAUUCCGGAAUACCUGUUACCUUUUACCAUCUUUCCACCGGGUCUCUGGAUGUUGCUGCUCUGCAUGGGCCUGAUUUGUGCCGGUGUUUGGAUCUUUGUUCGUGCUGGUAUCCGAAGAACCUUAUCGUUUCAGCGAAAAGACCCGGAAUACCAGUUCAAUCUAUCCAAAAGGGUUCGCACUGCUUCGUCGCUUCGAAAGAUGCUUCAAAUCUGCAUCGACACCUACAUUCUUCUGAUGAGUGCUCCCUACCGGAGAUUUACCCGCUCCGGGACAGAAAGAAUCCUCCUAUUUGGCUUGAUGAUCGUCAGUUUGAUCUUCGUGUCGAUGUUCCAAUCCAGCCUAGCGUCCGUCUGUCAAUCCCUCUACUACAAAGACAUCAACAGUCUCGCCCAGCUAGAUAAAGCCCAGUACAAGAUCCCGGUCAAGUACAAAGGCUUCCUGGACGAUGUAUUCCCACCAACUACAGCACGCUGAUGGAGUCCCUGCGCAACAGGAUGAUCUACGAACCCAGCGACGAAGCCACGCUGGCGCGGGUCUCCCGACUGGGUAACAUAGCCACGGUGACCCGCAAGACCACCCUAACCCUAGACAACGCCAUCUACCUGAGCACCA